ACCUCCUCCUUAAUUCUCAGUCCAAACCACACCUUUCCCCACUUCUAUUCCACAUUCUUCUCUCUCUCUCUCUCUCUCUCUCUCUCUCUAUUUUCACUUAGCCUAUGCAGAGAAAGAGAAGGAGAUCAUGGAGCUUGGUUUGAGCUUAGGAGACUCUUCAAGGCCUUUGCUUGGUUUCAUGGAAAAGCCUCGUGAAGCCACCUCCAACCAACUGGGGUUAGGCUUCAACACAACGUUAUCAAUUGGUCCAAUCAUCACUAGACAAAAAGAUCAUCAACAAGAUGAAGAUGAAGAAUACCAAGAUGAAGAAACAAAGCCAAAUAACAACAACAACACUCACAGAACAGAAGAUCCUAAUGACCUUUGUUCCAAACCCAACAACAACACAGUUCUGCAUCAACUUGAUUUUCUCCCUCAACUUGCUCUCCCAUGGCACCCUCCUUCUGAAAACGGGAGUUUAUCAUCCGAGUUGGGAGGUUCUUCACGGGGGCUGGACGUGAACGUGCAACCUCCAGCGGCGGAGGACGAGGCGGCGCGGUCGUCGUCUCCGAACAGCGCCGCCUCGUCGUUUCAAAUGGAUCUCUGCAUAUACAACAGCAGAGGAGGGAGCUCUAAUAAGAGGGACUUUGAGGGUGAGGCCUAUGAUCAAAGGACUUCUUCAAGAGCUAGCGAUGAUGAUGACAAUAAUGGUAGUGGUGGUAACACCAGGAAGAAACUCAGACUCUCGAAGGAACAGUCUGCGUUCCUUGAAGAGAGUUUCAAGGAGCACAACACUCUUAAUCCCAAACAAAAGCUUGCUCUUGCUAAACAACUCAAUCUUCAACCUCGCCAAGUAGAAGUUUGGUUCCAAAACCGAAGAGCAAGGACUAAGUUGAAGCAAACAGAAGUGGAUUGUGAGUACUUGAAGAGAUGUUGUGAGACACUAACGGAAGAGAAUAGAAGACUUCACAAGGAGCUUCAAGAAUUGAGGGCUUUGAAGACCUCAAACCCAUUCUACAUGCAAUUACCAGCCACUACUUUGACCAUGUGCCCUUCUUGUGAACGCGUGGCCACAAAUUCCACAUCCACUUCCUCAUCAAUGAGUGCCACCAUCAAUGCUACUAAUUCAGGAGCCACGGCCUGUGUCAAAACAGGUAAUAACAAUAACAACAAUGACUCACCCUCCAAACCCAUUGGAUUCCCCUUUGGCAAACCCAGGUUCCACCCAUUUGUUCACAGUAGCCAACAACAACUCCAUCAGCACCAAUCCUCAGCAUCUUGAAAGAUAUCAAGCUCAAGACUAGUGCUAUAUAUUUUGAGUUGAGGCUUGGAAAUUGAUUUGAUUUUUGUAUAUAGGGAAGUUAAUUAAUUCUGAGAGGCUUAUAGUUUUUUUUUUGGUGGGGGUGGAGACGGUUAUAUAGAAUUUGGAUAAUUGGUUUUUUUUCCUUGUUUGAAUCUCUCUCUGUAUUUUCCUUCUUUUACUGGUUUUAUCCAUGGUGAAAUCAGAAAGAAGGCAGAAGAAAAUUUUAGACAGUGAAGAUGAUAGAUAUCAAAGAGAAAGGGAAAUGAUACUGGUUUUUUGUACUAGAAAAA